AGUUUACAUUCGAACGCGACGAGGGUCGGUAAACGAGGUUUUCCAAUUUUCCCGGAAAGCACGUGCGUUGGUUACGAGUUAAAAAGUUCUCACCAACAUUUUCAUUGAACAAUUUCAUUAUAUUUUAAUGUUUUCAUCAUUAUUGAAAAUAUCAAUAUUAUUGAGAUCUCGAUGUGACAGAUUAUGUGAAGAAACGGAAAUAAACAAUUGUAUAUAGUAUAUAACAUGUCGGCUGAUGAGGAUUUAUUUUUGAACGGCACCGGGAAAACGAAAAGCAUUUAUCAACAAUCCUCUACGGGUGAAAAACACGUCCUUUUUUAUCCUACUAGUUCUCUGCCAUCGGUGGGCAUUGACAAUCAGACAGGCGAUAGAAAUACAACUUCCAGAAAGCUACAAAAACAAAUUCCUGGUCACCAAAAUCAUAGAAACUCUUAUAACAGUAUUGUAGGGAUGAAGAAAAGUGAGGGACCGAGCCCAGCCGUCGGUGAUACUCAAGAGUCUCACGGGGACCAAAGUCGACUAGAUCCUGAUAUUUCAGACUCUAAAUAUAACUUUAGAAUUGGAAUAUAUGGUUGGAGGAAAAAAUGUUUGUAUUUUCUCAUCCUAGUAUUGCUUAUCAUGGUUGUUGUGAAUCUUGCCCUCACGCUGUGGGUUCUUAAAGUUAUGGAAUUUUCAUCGGAGGGUAUGGGUCAGCUUAAAAUUGUAUCAGGUGGAUUGAAGCUGGAAGGAAAAACCUUCGUACUGGAUAGUUUAAUAGCGAGUAGUAUAAAAUCAAGAAGUUAUCAACCAAUAGUGAUAGAAUCGACUAAAAAUUUAACGCUUAGAGCUAGAAAUACAAAUGGUUAUGUAGAUAGUUCCAUUGUAUUAGGUAAUGAAAAAUUAGAGUGCCUAACAAACAACUUCAAAAUAACAGACGAUAGAGGGUCGCUUUUGUUUUCAGCCGAUCGACGGGAGGUUAUAGUAGGAUCCGAAACACUUCGAGUUAUUGGGAAAGGAGGUACAAGUUUCAGUGGUUCGAUACAGACGACGCUUGUUAGAGCGGAAGCUGGACAUGAACUCAGACUGGAAUCUCCCACUCGAUCGUUGGAUAUAAAAGCCGCAAAAGAAAUCAACAUCGAGUCCCGAGGAGGAAAAAUCCGAACGUUAUCUUUCAAUGAUAUUUCCCUCCAUUCUGAAGUCGGAGCUAUAAAAUUAGAAACCAGAUCACUACUAAUGCCUCUAAUACCCACAGCGAAAGUAACGUCCAGAGCAGCUUCGAGUGGUUCCUACGAUAUUUAUCAGUUGUGUGUAUGUGAAAGUGGCAAAUUGUUCCUCGCAUCACCCCAUCUGGUGUGUGCUUCCGAAAAUGACGAUAGAUUGUGUCGAUGAAGUCGAUUAUUAUUAGAUUGAUUGUUUUUCGUGUUUAUUUUGUUAAAAUAUUUGAAAAUAUUCAAACAACCAAAAAGUAAUUGAAAUUAAUAAAUGGCCGUAGUGUUGCCUAUGAGACGAGACGAAACAUUUCGUCUUGUCUCGCAACAAAGUGGAAAGUCUCGUCUCAAAUCUUUAGUCUCGUAACAAGUGAAAAUAGAGGGUCGAUGAUUUUUGAAAAAAAAAAAAAUAAUAGUUGGAUGAAAUCCAUUGGAAAUGGAGAAGAAUAUAGUGAAAAUAGUUUACGUCGAUCUGUGGUCGAGAAUGUAGGGAGGUUUAUCUUGAUUUUCGGUGAAAGUACAAGUCUUAUGGAAAAAAGUAGAAUAGCAAAGUUGUAGGUGAUAAAAAAAUCAACAAUUUAUAUUUAUUUUAUAUUUCCUCGUGAAAUUUUCUGAAAAUUUACUUUUUUAUGUACAAUAUAAUUCAAAUUAUUCGUUUGAAAUGUUUAUUUUUCAGGUUAUUUUGACACAAUAUCGAAAAAGCCCCUCAAUUUUCAAACGAAAAUUCUCCCAUCAAAAUAUUUUUUAAAAACUCAGUGAGAUUUUUGUUCGUUGAAAUCUCAGAAGAAAUAUUGCCAUCAUGAAAUGAUAAAUUUUCCCAAAAAAGACAACGAAAGCUUGCAUCCCAAAUAUUUAUAUUUAAUCAUUAUGUACAAUUUUUAGUUAUUUACUGAAAUUUUUCAGUCUCAUUACACAAAAAACGUAAAAUUCUUCUAAUUUUUUUAUGAAUAGAAAUUAGACAUAAUGAUUGCAGAAGAUUUCCGGUUUUAAUUUAUUUUUUCCCGUUUUUUUUGCUUUUAAUAAGAAAGUUUACCAUGGCCAUGUUAUUAUUUUUUCACGCCAUCAGAAAGUAGAUAUGUCAACGAACAAAAGUCUCAAUUAGUUUUUAAAAAAGCUAAUAGUUUGACGGAGGGAAUUUCGAUUGAAAAUUAUGGUGCGUUUUUGAUAUUAUAUCAAAAUAAAAUGAAAAAAUAAAUAUUUAAUAUGAAAUGAAUUACAAUAUAUAUUGGAAAAACAUAUUUAUUGUAAAAGAUAGAAAUAAAAAAACAAAAACUAAUAUUUCCAGGGUAUGUGAAAAAAGUAAAGUUACAAAAUUUGUAGAUUCUUCUAUCCACCUACAGCUUUGCUUUUAAUCUCUUCUCCAGAGGACUUGUAUUUUUGCCGGAAAUUUAGAUAAAUAGUGUUUUACCCUUAAAAACUAACGCUCCUUCCCUUAGCGACCACAGAUCGUCCAUCAGACCGGCUAACUGAGAAUUGUGAUUUGUCCACAAUUCCUUGGACUAUAGAGCAUCGAAAUCUAUCUCAGAAUUUGAAUUUGAGAAGACUUUGUCAUGAUAAGUUUCUGAACUUUUCAGUAGCUCUGUUGUUUGUGAUUCUUCACCUUCAAAGUUUGAGUGAUAAAUUUCAAAUUUUUCUUUAUUUUUUCACUAUGAGAUAACGUAAACAGUUUCCAAUUUAUCUCGAGGGUUAAAAAUUAAGACUACGGUAUAAAUCCAAUUUGUAUUUUUGUAGUGCUUACGAAUUUUUCUCGGGCUGUCUGAAAAUUUAUAAUAAGCUGUUCAUUCACUUAUUUCAUGUCAGUGUUAAGGUCUCAUUCAAUAGCUCAACUUUCUAAUUUGUCAAUCAACACAUUUAUUGAUUGGAAAUGUAGCAUAUUUUACCUUAAUAGUUUAUUUGAUAAUAAUUCUAAAUUUAUCAAUAUUUCAUGGACUUCUUCAACUAUUUUUUAAUUCUGCCAAUUUUUGUGUAUUUGGACGAAAGAAAUUAAGGCUAUUUUUACAUUUCAAUGCAACUACUGGAUGUCUAGAAUUCUACGUGUAGACACAUCUAGCUUAAGGAUAAGAUUCCUUGCAACCCCAAUUGCUUAACAGAAGACUUCCAAUAAUAAUCACGAUAAUUAGGAUUAUUAAUAUUUGCCAAUUUUAAUUAUGAUACUUCGAGGUUUCUGUUUGCGAGACUUUGUGCGAG